UGGACACAACAAAGCAAAUAAAAUGAAAUAUUAACCAGUAGAUUGACAUGGAAAAUCAUCGUAAAAUACAAUAUAAAACAUAUAGAAAAAACACGUUAUUUGAAAAGCUUUGGCAACCAAUUUCAGUAGCUUUUUUAAUGUUGGGCUCGUGGCCCAACCUAAUUAAGGAAUAAGGGCCUACAGAACUCCUCAUUUGAAGUCCAAUUAUACCAUCGAAGCAAGGUCAUCAGAACCUUCAUUUAGAGAUGCCUCCACCAUCGAAUCUUUAUCUCUUUGGUUACAAUUCUCUUCAGGCGUUUGGAUGGGCAAUUGCUAUCUUUAGAAUCCUAAGCAAUUUCAUCUCCACUGGCUCCUUUUAUGGGGGAUACGCUUCCGCAGGAGACCUAAUCUGUUUGCUGCAAAGUGUAGCGUUCUUGGAAGUUAUCCAUGGAGCAAUUGGUUUGGUGCCAAGUGGAGUGGUGCUUCCCUUGAUGCAAUGGGGAGGGAGGACUCACUUUCUAUUGGCCAUUGUUCGACAAAUCGAUGAGGUACAAGAGUUACCGGCAGUGUUUAUUACCUUUCUUGCAUGGAGCUUAAGCGAGGUAGUUAGAUAUCCCCAACAUGCUUUUACUUGUAUUGGAAGCUGUCCAUAUUGGAUUACGUAUCUCAGGUACACUGCAUUUAUUGUGCUUUAUCCCGUGGGGUUGUUUACUGGUGAAAUGUGGCUUAUGUAUGAAGCAGUUCCAUUUAUAAAGAAGAAGAAUCUCUACGCAGAUUUCUUCUCUGCAUUUCCUUUCACUUAUUAUACUUUUGUUAGGGUUUUGCUAGUUUUAUACCCUUUCCUCUGGUUGAAACUGUACCUGCAUUUGUUCAAACAGCGACGAUCAAAAUUGAGGAAACACGAUAAGAAGAAGAUGAAGUGAAGCAUUAUUACUGUAAUAAAUCAAAACGUAUUUUAUUUUCCAUCAAAUUUAUUGUAGAUGACUAUGCUCAGUACCCUUGUUUAUUCUGCUGUACUGAUACGACUAUGGGAGCCAAUCCAUGCGCUAAGUUUUAGUUUUCUCGUCAUACAAGUCGAUACAAAUUGUUCAUACCAUGAAUUUGAUGAAGAAAAAAAUGUGGUAAUUUGGUUAAA